AUGGGCUGGCGGCUGCUGCAUGGAGCCAAGAAGAUCAGCCGUCAGGUGAGCCUGGCACUGAGCCUGGCUGGCAUGGUGAUCAUCGGUCUCAUCACCCUGGGCCAGCCCUGGAUCCACUUCCAGGUUCCAUUGACACCCCCUGGGGAUCCUGAUGGCCCCUCGACCAUCCCCAUCAACACCAUCUUCUUUGUGCAGUGCCCUGACAUCUCCUGCCUUCAUGAGUACGACCAGAAUGCUUACUUGUUGGACUUUGCCUGGGCCUUUCUCAUCCUUGCCAGUAUUGCCGGCUUCUGCCUCUGCAUCAUGCUCAUAAACAUCAUCUUCUUCACCAGCUCCAACUUACCUGUGCUGGACUUCUCCAACGUCAUCAUCAGCAUCCUGACAGGGGCCAGCAUGAUACUGGGCAUCCUGUUCUACCUGAUGCAGGCCCAUGAGUACCUGCAGGAAGGCAUGACCUACACUCUGGGGCUCAGCUUCUACCUGGCGUGGACCGGCAUCUUUCUCUUCCUGAUGAGUGGUUUCCUUUCCUAUCUGAACUACAUGAAAUUCUGGUCCAUCCUGGCGCUCCAGGCCAUCUGGACUUGA